ACAGGUGGAAGUUUCGUCGCUUAAUUACAAAGGCGAAUGCAGGGUCGAUUGCACGAUUUCUCCGUCGUUCGAAACAGUUAAACAGCUUCCAUUUCACAAAGCAUUCUGUGAUUGAAAAGCUUUCCGAAUCCAACUGCUUUACGUGUCAGCUAAGGAUUGAAACUCAUCAUGGACAUGUGGCAAGAACAAUGUACAAGAAGAAAUUACUGUCGAGAAGCCGAUUCAAUCUCCAAGUAAUGUCGCUCUCUUGAGAACUGAGUGCCCCCACAACAGUACUUGACCAUUUUCUACUCAUAUCGUAAUCAAGACCAGUACCUUACAAUCAUCCUUGAUUGGGUGGGCGAGAGAUCCCAUCUGUUUGUCCUUCGGUGCUAGUGACCGAGGUUUCUUUUCGAUCAAUUUCAAGUGAUGAGCAUGACCCAUCUGGUGGCGGUGGCUAGUCAGUUGAGGGUGUAGCAGUUGCCCGUUUCAAGUUCUAGACAGUGGUUUGUCUCAAAUCGUUUGAGGUCGAGGACGUUUGAGUUGUGGGUGCCAGCCAAUUGUGAAUUCUUUCCUCGAUUGGAGAUCUUCGUGGGUUACUCGCUGUUUCUUGGGUCUCGUCAUGGUCGCAUCAACUAUGGCAUCGGCAAAGAUGGACGAGGAUGUGAAAUACGUGGGGCUUCCAGAUGGGAGGCGCAUUGCAUACAGAGAACAAGGGCUGGGUAAGGACAUUGCCAAGAGGAGCUUGCUAGUGUUGCAUGGUUUAGGCUCCUCUCGCGUCGCUGGAAUGCCUGGUGUCUCUGAAUCUCUGCUAAAGGAUAUGGGAGUGAGGUUCGUUGCCAUCGACAGGCCCGGAUAUGGCUUCAGUGACUUCAACCCAAAGCAAACGUUUGAGUCCGCUGCCAAAGACUUAGCUCAUGUCGCUGACUGUCUGGAGCUUGGGUCUAGGAUAUACUUGCUGGGAUACUCCUGUGGCGGUGCUUACUGCUGGGCAGCUGCUCGCUAUAUUCCGGAACGUAUUGCUGGCAUUGCAAUGUGGGCUCCUGUCGGGAAUUACUCGUGGAAAGGCAUUUCGGAAAUAGAGAGGAACACUUUGAUAGGAAGCACAACUGAGAGGUCAAGAAAAACGCAUGCAAUUAUUCGGAAAGUGCCGCAGUGGAUGCUGUAUGCAUAUGUGCGCUACUUUAUUGUACCUACCGUGGGAACCAAGUGGGUGGAAGACGCAAAGAGCAGACUAUCUCCUCCCGAUGCUCAGAAUCUGCAAAAAUAUUCAGCGGACAUCAUGGAGAGAGAUAGUAUCAUGAGUGCUAAGCAGAAGGGCAAGGGCUUGGCUCAAGAUUUGCUCCUAAUCUCCAGCGACUGGGGCUUUGAAUUAUCUGAUGUGCAAGAUCGGUAUAAAGGCCCAUUGCAUAUUUUCAAUGGUGAUCAAGAUGUUCUGGUGCCUCUAGGUCUCCAAGAGAUCAUCAAGAGACAGCUCCCAGACCUGGUUCAUCUUCACGCACUUAAGGGAGAGGGGCAUUUAUCGGCAUUUUGUUGCAAUGAUAAGAUUCACCGAGAUACGCUGAAAUGCCUCUUUGGGAGUACCUCAACCAUUGGAGAGGAUGCAGGUAAACUGGGCAAGAAAAGUGACGAUCAGGAGGUGAAAGUUGGCAGCAGCAUUUACGAAACAAUCAAAGAAGGCACUUCGGCGCUACAGAAGCCCUAUCUUCACUGAAGUCUCCGUGCUACAAGGUAGUCGGUAUUAAACUUUCUGUUCUGAUAGACCCGUACGCCUUCAACAAAACAAUUUCGUAAAUAGCUGUUGUUAGAGCACAGAUGAUUCAGAUUUCUUUAGAUAAUUAAUAAUGCAGAACUGUAAACGUUCACAUACACAAAAGUAUUGAUCCAUGUAGGCAUAUCUAUCGAAUUGAUUUAGUGCAACAGCAGCCAAUGCUCCUGUAACUCUGAGUUACGAAAGUGAAGAUGUGAUAGCAAUUAAUCUACGCAUCGUAAAGACGGUUUA